AUGAUGACAUCUAUGGCAUCUACGAGCGACCUCGGCAAAGCGGAGCAAGGAGAGAUGGCAGCUGGGGAGGGAGGCCCUCACCCCAGCGCUGUGGGAGCACCUCCGCUCACAGCCCCAACAGCCUCUGUCUCCACACUGCCCAAGGCGUGGCGGGUUGUCUUAAACUACCGUCGAAGCGUCAUGUGCUUCGCCUUCCUCAACCUGAUCACCAUCGUGCUGGGCGUGAGCUUCGCUGUGAACGAAUCCAUCAGAUUUCCCGGACAUCCCAGUUGGGGCACUUCGCCAGUGAUUGUCUUGGGAGUCGUCUUCAUGCUCGGCCCCCUCUGUGGCUUCAUAGGCGCCAGCUACCUCAGAAGCGGACUCGCGACUGUUUACCUAGGCUUCACUUGUCUGCAGACUGCAAGCCAUAUUGUGUUUGCAGUCGCUACAUUGUGGCUCUCGGCGAUCUUCUUGGCGUUCAUCCAGUGCUGGGUGAUGAUGAUCGUGUCGACUUUCUGCUACUCUUUGUGCAUGGUGCCACUUGAGAAUCGCGGCCAGCUCUUGGAAUUGAAGGACAGGUGA